AUGCCCGAAGCUACACCCAACGCUGCAAAACUUCGCGAGAGAAAGCCUGACAUAGAGGCUGCCAAAAAGAAUAAUGAGACUGUUUCCCUCGCCGACACCAUCGAGAAUCCCGGUGUCGCACGUGCGAACGCAGCAGUCUCCAUCGAUAAGCCAGAAGGCGACCUGGAUUGGGCUAGAAAAUAUGACGGAUAUACGCCGCUUCAGCAGCACGUCCUUUUCUGGGAUCGCGAUAAUGACGGGAUGAUCUACCCUUGGGAUACAUACAAUGGAUUCCGUGAUCUAGGUUUCAACAUCCUCUUCUCGCUUCUAGCAACCUUCAUCAUCAACGUUAACUUCUCUUAUCCGACACGCCUGGCAUACUCAUGGAUCCCUGAUCCCUGGUUCCGCGUUUAUGUUCCAAGCGUGCAUAAAGCUAAGCACGGCUCCGACAGUGGUGUCUACGACCCAGAAGGCCGAUUCCUGCCGCAACUCUUCGAGAACCUGUUCUCAAAAUUCGAUGGCGAUGGUGAUGGAGCUUUGACGCUUAGCGAGCUUUUCCAGCUUAUGCACGGUCAUCGAUGUGCUGCUGAUCCUUUCGGGUGGUUUGCUGCCCUCUUUGAAUGGGGAACAACUUGGCUUCUGGUUCAGAAGGAUAACAAGGUCUACAGGGAGGAUCUUCGGGCUAUUUAUGAUGGCUCGUUGUUCUGGAAAAUUCGCGAUGCGAGAAAGACCAAAGCUGGCUGGACGCAGGGCUGGGGCUUGGGAGGUGAUGGGUUCAUUGGAGGAACGAAGAUGUUCUGA